ACUAUAUGUCGAUAGCUUGUAUUUCCCGUAGGUUUCUAAAUGCUCUAUGGAUUCUAUUUUGUGAGACAGAAUCUUGAAUCACAGAAUGUAUGCUCGUAUCCUUUGCCUCGUCUCAACGUAAAACAUAAAAUAUGACAUCUAUAUUUUGACAUUUUAACAUUACUGAAUUUGACGUUUUCAUGAAAACACGACAAAAGUGGCUGUAGUAUUAUUUAGCCAAUAAUAAUGACGAACGUGAAUACAGGAGAGUUAUUGAAUUUCCAAGACUAUUCACCGGAGCACAAUGACCGCAGCGCGCGUAUUGAUGUUGAGGCCGUGCAUUCAAACCCCUACAAUAAUACAAUGUCGACAACAUCGUACAACUACGAAGAGCCUAAAAUGACUCAGGAACCUGAGGCUGUGCCGCAAUCCAAUCACAAUUUCUGGACAAUAGAGUACUAUCAGAAGUACUUUGACGUCCAAACAAGUGAAGUAGUGGAGAGGAUCAUAUCAUCAGUCCUUCCGCAGAAGGUCUCCCGUAAUUACUUUGACGAGAGGAUCAAGGGGAAGCCAGAUAUGUAUGGCCCUAUCUGGAUUUCUGUAACUUUGAUCUUUACAAUAGCGGUCAGUGGCAACAUAGCUGACUACCUUCAAAACGCCAACAAGCCAAUACCCUGGCGUUAUGACUUUCACCUGGUAUCAUAUGCAGCCACUGCUAUUAUGAGCUAUGUGUGGAUCGUGCCACUGGCAUUGUGGGCUGCGCUCAAAUGGACCACUGUCUCUGAUGGACAGGACGAAAUAGAAACACAGACAUCAAGAACACCAUCAAUGAUAUCCUUAUUCUGUUUAUAUGGAUAUUCUCUCUCAAUCUACAUUCCUGUGGCCAUCUUAUGGACCAUCCAGAUCUCGUGGCUCCAAUGGCUUUUUGUAUUGAUGGCAGCAUUCGUUUCCGGAGCGGUACUUAUAUUUUGGUUGUUGCCUGCAUUGAAGAACACAAAGUAUUUCAUUAUUCUUGCCGGUUCAAUCUUAGCGUUCCACUUCUUGCUGGCAGCCGGAUUUAUGCUUUAUUUCUUCCACGCUCCAAGCAAGCCCGAAAUUAUUCCUAUUAUAACAACCCCAAAAGUUUGAAUUUGAUCAAUUAAAUUAAGAUCAAUAUGUUCUAGCUAAUAAUUGAUUGUGUAUAAUAUAUUCGUUGAGAUAUUGAUAGUACAUAUUUUCAAAUUUAUUAAAAAUAUAAAUAUUGUGUAAUUUUUCAAAUCUGAAAAUGUAUAAAUUCUUAUUUUUUAAAUAAUACUAUUUAUUGUAAGUAAUUUCUGUUGCACUAUCUGAUUUCUGGCAACUGUGAUAGCUCAACUAUUUGUUUUGGAUUUUUACUUCAUUAUUUUGUCUUCUGUUAUAUCAUUACCAUACUAUUUAUUUUCUUUUGGCAAAUGCACUAGAGGUGAUAACAGAGUUAUUGUAAGCAGUUCAUAAUUACCCCAUUAUGAAUUAUAAUUAAUGUUGACUUCAAUCUUUAUGUCAUGUUUAAAGUUUGUUAUUUAACCUGCCUUCUAUGCUUCUAGUUUGAAAACAUCGCAUAUCUAUACUCUAUACUAUUAUAUAAAGCUGAAGAGUUUGUUUGUUUGUUUGUUUGU